CAAAGUAAGCGUAGCAUGUUGCUGCGUGUAUUUAGGGGAAUUACGGUUGUUAGAAGGAUUUGAUCCGUUGAUAUCUUGUCGCCACUCGUCAAUCCGAAAAUCGAUUGUCGAUUAUCAAACUCAUUCGAAACCUGAAGCUGCCGAUCUGCUACUAUGUUAGUUUAGUCGUGUAACUUGCAGACUUGCGGACAUCAGUUAAUGCAGCGAACACGUUAUUGCAUGUUAGGCACCGGUAAGUGAUAUUCGUGAGACGAAAUGGCACCCCGUAAGCCUGUGAAACAUUCGGAGGCAGAGGUUGUAGAGAGAUCUGCGGAAGCCGGCGAUGUGUCGCCCCCGAAGAAGAAAAAAGUUGUAGCGAAGGUUGCGAGUAAAAGUGACGAGGAAAAGCAAAUUAGGUUUCCGAGAGCUGCAAAAUCAACUAAAACCGAGCAGACAGAAGGUACAGAAACGGCCACGACGGUAACUAGGAACGCGAAAACAAAACCCAAGGCAUCAGCUAAAACCGCCUCAGUGACUGAAAAACCAAACUCUAAAAUCAAGUCUACGCCGAAGAGGAACAAAGAGGCUGCGGAAAAAGGUGAUACGAAUCCAGUCAACGAGAAGGUGAAAAAUGCCGAGGAAACUGAAACGAAAAAGACACGCGCUAAAGCCACAGCGAAAAAGGCGGGAAUCAAUGUAGACGAAGAAUCUAAGGGAAAGUCAAAGGGAAAAGCCAAAAGAGAACUCGUUAAUGAAAAUGCUGAAAAUUUAGAAGCACCAGCUAUAAAAAAGAAAAAGCAAGCAAAUGCUGAGCCAACAUCAAAGGAAAGUAAACCAAAGGCAAAAACAACAAAAAAGAAGGUUGAUGUACAUGAUACAAAAAAUAAAACUUCUAAUAGAACUAACAAUAAAGCUAAAGCUACUAGCAAUAAUGAGACUGAAAACGAUGUCAAAACAGAAGAUGAUAAAUCCAGAAAAGUAACAGCACCAAGAAAAGCAAGGGGUCGUAAAAAUGAACCUAAUUCAGAUGAUAUUACAAAAGACGAUGAAGGAGUGAAAGCAACAGAAAAAUUUCCCUCAGACUCGAUACUUGUUACCUUCAGAACAGAUACUAACAAUGAAAGUGAAACUACUGAAAAUAAUGAGUUAGAAUCAGCUCAAACUGCUAAAAAAGGACGGAAUGUAAAGAAAAAAGAAGCACCACAAAAGAAACCUACUAAAAUGCGUGGUAAAGCUGCUUUUAGUGAAGAUGAUAUUGAUGCAACAAAAACAGUGAAAGAAACACAAAAGAAAACAAAUAAAGAAUCAGUAGCUACUACGAAAAGAGGACGGGGGAAGAAUGCGGAUAAUAUAACUGCAGAGGAGAAGAAAAUAUUGAAUUCGUCAGAAACAUUAAAUAGUAAUAAUAUGCAGAAUUCAACAGAGGAUAACGGUAAAAAAGAAGAUUCAGAAAAAGAAGAGGCAAAAUACACCAAAAUGUUGGGGUCGCCCAAAAAGCUAGAUGAAACACAUAUAAAGGAUGAAAUGGGUGAAAAUAAUGUAAUAAGUACAUCAAUACACGAAGAAGAAAAUUAACAAUAUAUGUUCUAUUUUUACUUGAUAUGUUUCUUCGAAAAAAAUAUAUCAUUAAUAUUUUAAUAUAUUUGAUAAAGAUACAAAUAAUAUGAGUAUUUCUAUGUCUAGAAAUUCUAAAGAAAUACAUACAUUGUAAAAUUUGAAUAAUACAUUUUGGUUAUACAUUGUUUCAAAAAUGAUUAUUUAUACUUUCUAUAAAAUAUUUUACAUAUUAUAGUUCCAGUAACUUCUUGUUAAUAUAAUAUUUUACGGUUAAGAAAAUGUUAUUAUACAUAUAAACACUUCUUAGUAUAUUUAAUAGGUCUACAAUAUUUAAAGCAGUUAAUUUGUUUUUAAUGGCAGAAUUACUAGUGUAGAAUGAAGAACAACAUUGAACAUUCCAUCAGUCCUUUAAUAAUUAGUCAUUUGUAACACUAGAAUGCCAGUGUUACCUAAUGAUAUGUUGAAAAAAUACGUUUCUUAAUUUUUUUACAUUUCAUUUAAAGAUGAAAAAAGGAAGAAAGCGUGUUUCUUGUUACAAACCAUUUACAUAUAAGAAAAUAUAUUUUGUAAUACUUUAUAAUAUUCUAUGGUGUACUAAACGAACACAUAUUGUCAUUCUAAAAAAUACAAUAGCGUUCCUUUUAGAAUUUUA